GGACGGGCGAGCGCCAACCGACCGCAUCUGGCCGUCUGACACACUGAUGGGUGGUGGCGGCAGGACUGCUGGUAGUACUGUUGCCGGCAGAACCACUGCUCCGGCCGUACUUCGGGUUGUGGUCGUCGGGGGUGGUGGAGUCGGUAAAUCGGCACUCACUAUACAGUUUAUUCAGCAAUAUUUCGUACAAGAUUACGACCCAACGAUAGAAGAUUCAUAUACUAAGCAAUGUUUCGUCGACGAGGAUCUCUGCAAGUUGGAGGUCUUGGACACAGCUGGACAAGAAGAGUUUUGCACAAUGCGAGAGCAAUACUUACGAUCCGGCAGUGGUUUUCUCAUAGUUUUCGCUGUGACCGAUCGUAGCAGUUUCGAGGAGGUUCGGAAACUGCACACAAUGAUUUGUCGAGUCAAGGACCGUGACGAUUUCCCAGUCUUACUCGUAGGAAACAAAGCAGAUUUGGAGAACGAGCGGCAUGUCACUCGAGCAGAAGCUGAGGAACUUGCACGAUCUUUGAAUGUUCCCUAUGUUGAAUGUUCGGCAAAGCUACGGUUGAACGUAGAUCAAGCCUUCCAUGGCGUUGUCCGAUUAGUACGAAAAUUCCAACAUGACGAGCGAACGGCACCAGAGGAUCGCCGAAUUGAAUCCCCGGCAAAAGCGAAGAAGAAGAAAAAUUGCAGGAUACAGUAGCGAUUAACAUCUUAUUGUUUCGUACUGCGUCAAUUUUGACGCACGUAUCGCUCCUCAUGCUGCCUUCUCAUAAUGAUGGGUACUUUUGACUGUUCAAUUGCAAGCAUAUUUUUUACUGUAUAGUACGUAUUUAUAUAUGAGUUUACAGUUGUUUAUGGUCUAGUUUAUUGCUUCGAUUGAAUCGGCUAUCGUUUAUCUCAUUUAUUUUUUGUAAGAAACACAUGAUUCUAGUCACGAUAACCGAUUAUGAUCGUAACAGCCUAUGAUGGAUGUUAUCCCCCUCUUUAGCCUGUGAUCUUUUCAUUUAUAAUUAUGCAUCUAAAAUAUGCGCUAGUAUCCUCUCGUAAUCAAAGCAUUUCCAAACUUGUACGUUCCUUAGGCAUCUACUAAUAACUAGAUUGUCCCGGUUAAGCUUUCUAAUUGUUGUUUGGAAAAGAUUACUGUACAUAGAUGUCACCAUCAUCUUAUUGUCAGCAAUCAAAUAUUGUGUUCUGCGCUUACAUUGUCAAUGCAUUCGAUUUUUCUUAAAUACUCAUCAAAUAUUAUUACUCUGUCCCAAAGGGGCGCUUUUGCACAUCUUGCAAAGUACAUUAAUAUGUGUUCAAGACAUGUCAUGUGAUUACUCAGAGA